AUGGGGAGAUCACCUUGUUGUGACAAAAAUGGGCUCAAGAAAGGCCCGUGGACAGCCGAAGAAGAUGCCAAGCUCGUUCAGUAUAUUAAUGCGCACGGCCCCGGAAAUUGGAGAACCCUUCCCAAAAAUGCCGGGCUUGAAAGAUGCGGUAAGAGUUGCAGGCUUCGAUGGACGAAUUAUCUGAGGCCCGAUAUCAGGAGAGGAAGAUUCUCUUUUGAGGAGGAGGAAACUAUCAUUCAACUCCAUAGUGUUCUUGGCAACAAAUGGUCGGCAAUAGCAGCCCGUCUUCCUGGGAGAACCGACAAUGAGAUCAAAAACUACUGGAACACUCACAUCCGAAAACGGCUCCUUAAAAUGGGUAUCGACCCGGUUACCCACGCCCCACGGCUCGACCUACUCGACCUAUCCUCACUCCUAACAACCUACCCUCAAGCACUCAACUUAUCCAACCUCCUCCGGCUCCAGACCCUUCUCAACCCGGAGGCCCUAAGGCUAGCCUUGAUGAGCCUCGUGUCCCCACAAAACGAGGCCCAGCUGGCGAUCAACCCGGCGGCCCAUCAACAGCAACUCCAAGCCCAACAACACCUGGGCCCACUCCUCCAACCUAACCCGUUUGAAAAAAACAAUAUUAUCACCACCCAACAAACCCCAGCAAACCUCACAACCUCCCCUUUUCUUAAUACAUCGGCCCAGCCCAUGCAAGAGCUUCCCGUGGGCCCCACGGACCCAACCGCUCAGAUAUUUCAAAAUAAUUACGACCCGUCGGGUUUUCCUUUCUCGGAAAUGGUAGGGGCGGAAUUGUCAGAGAACUCGAGCUUUCAGUCGUUGAACACGAGCGGAAGCAAUGAUCAAACGGGCGGCCCGAGUUUGGGAUUCGACUCGGUUUUGUCGACUCCGGACACGUGUAGCCCGGUUGUUGGGUUGAAUUCGGGCUCGGGAUUUGUCAAUAUUGGCGGCAUGGAAGAUGAGAGGGAGAGUUUUUGCAGUAGCCUUUUGAGGUUUGAGAUACCUGAGGGUUUGGAUUUUGAUGAGCUUAUAAUGUGA